GUGUGAUUCGGUCGCGGCGGCCGCUGCAGGAGGAAGGAGCGUUUUAGCCUCUCUCUCUCUCUCUCGCUCGCUCACUCACUCACUCACUCACUCAGAGUGCUGCUUAUAAUACCUUUCAGUUUCGCCUUUGAAAAAAAAGAAAAAAAAACCCAUCAUCGACCGGGUUCCGUCAUCUCCGAUCACAUUUGGUAGAAGUCUUCACCCUCGCCUGGUUGUUUUGGCCGGCGCUCAGAAUCGAAAGGAGAAUUUAUAUAGAAAUUGUAUAAGAAAAUACGCGAGUGCGCUUUCCACUGACAGCAGCAGCAGCAGCAGCAGCACAACAAUGGCACUGAAGAGAAUUCAUAAGGAGCUGCACGAUUUGGGCCGUGAUCCCCCUGCCCAGUGCUCAGCAGGACCAGUAGGGGAUGACAUGUUUCACUGGCAGGCCACAAUAAUGGGACCAAACGACAGUCCUUAUCAGGGUGGCGUGUUCUUCUUGACCAUUCACUUCCCCACAGAUUACCCCUUCAAACCGCCAAAGGUUGCGUUUACCACAAGAAUUUACCACCCAAAUAUCAACAGCAAUGGCAGCAUCUGUCUGGAUAUUCUACGGUCUCAGUGGUCUCCUGCACUCACCAUUUCCAAAGUCCUGUUGUCUAUCUGCUCUCUGCUGUGUGACCCCAAUCCGGAUGACCCCUUAGUACCCGAGAUUGCCCGCAUCUACAAGACUGACAGGGAAAAGUACAACAGAAUAGCUCGGGAAUGGACACAAAAGUAUGCAAUGUAGUUUUGGAGUUCUAAUCAUGGCGGGAAACAAAACAAAACAAAAAAAAAUUUACACCUCUCCGUCUUAAGGUUAGGGGAGAUUUGAAAGUUUAAGAGAUAAAAACAAAAACAAAAAAAGAUUAAGAAAAAAAAAGAUCUUGUUGGUUUCCAUUGGAGUGCUUUCUUUAAGCCACACUUCCCCUCACCAGAGCACCUGCCCCAUUCCCCUCUCUCUACCCCUACCCCUUCAUAGCCAUGGUGUACAUACUUUCAGUCCAACUCCAGCUUAUCCCUUCAUCACCACCAUCUUCCUGAACACCCCGCGCUCGGCAUCUUUGCUUUAGCGUCUCCGUUGCUGUGGUGACUUGCCUGCUUAGGGUCAGCCAGAUUCAAUUUUUUUGCCGUUGAAAUUGUCCACAGCUCGGGGGGGGGGGAAAUUAAAUAAAAAGCAUUCCUUGUUUUUAAACACUGGGGAGGGGGGAGGGAGGGCCAUUCUCAUUUCCAUUUUGUGUCGUAGUGGAGAUUUACUCCUCUUUUUUUUUUUUUUUUUUUUCUUCCCCCUCUCAUUUAUUUUCAUUUCCUGGGUUUCAAACUGUAUAUUGGAUCAGGAAAAAGGGGUUCUUUCCUUCUGUUUUGUGUUUUCCAUGUGGCAGAGGAGGGGAGGGGUACAUGCUGGCUAUCUUUUUUGUAUAAAAUCUAAAUAAAGGAGUUCUUUUAGAAUCAUAGCAGGUUAUUAAUGGAACAAUGUCAGAUCUUUUGGGUCCUCUCUUGUGAAUCAUUCUAAAGGACUUGAAAUACUAUGAAUAUAUUUUUUGUUUUUUUUUUGUUUGUUUUUUUUCCCUUCUCCAUUUGCCAUAACCAAGACUGUCUCUACCCCUUCCCUAAGCCACGAGCAACUUCACCCGCAUUCACACUUCUGGAGGAUUUUGGACCGGUUUAUUUAAAAUAAAAAUGGAGAAAAAAAAAAGCAGUCUUAGAUAAGCACGUGUUUAGGGUUUUUUUCUUUUCUUUUCUUUUCUUUUCUUUUUUCUCUCCUUUACCACCACCCCCUUGUAACUCUUAGUUCCACUUUUAGCUGCAUUAUUUCCACCCUUGCUCUUGAUGAAUUAGAUGCUAACAUGGCUGAGACAGACUUGAUUGGGUCCCCGGGUGAGAGGACACAAACUCCUCACAGACAAACUUCUGUAUAUUUAAUUUCCUGACAGGCUCUUUGAGCUUUGUGUGUUGAUUAAAACUGUGUAAUAAAAAUGAUUACUAAAGUCUGA